AUGGAAAAAGUUGCUGGCUGGUACCCAGCCUGGCACGUUGCUCUCCUGUACUGGACAUGGCUUUUCCUCUUCACUUUUGGCUUUACCGGCGCAGAAAUAACUUGCAGAUCCUGCCAUUCCCAGGUGAAGCCGCAGCAGCAGCAGCAUCCGCAGCAGGGAUUACCGAUGCAUUUGAAGACCGACAGAAGAGAAAAAGAACAGUGGAGGAUCCCGGGGGAGCAGGGAGGUGAGAGAGGGCAAGGGGCCGGGAUGGAUACGGAGGAUGCCGAGCUGCAAGCACCCUUCGACCCUGCUCUGGCGGGGACCAAAUUCAGCGGCUGGGAGACCCGCAGCUGGGCGAGCGAGCCGGAGAAAGCGCCCGGGGACGGCCGGCCCGGAGCAGCGGCGGCUCCUACCGGGGAGUACCCUCAGUGGGGCGGCCGGCGGAACUCGACCCGGCGGCGGCGGAGGGGCCGCAGCCCGCGGGGCACGGCGGGGCCGGGCGGCGCCGCGGGGCGGGAGCCGGGGGGCUCCGGCGCCGCCCGCUUCGGGCUGGAGGAGCUGCGGCUGGGCAGCACCACCUUCGCCCUCACCGGGGACUCGGCGCACAACCAAGCCAUGGUGCACUGGUCGGGGCAAAACAGCAGCGUGAGUACCGCCGCCGUGGGGGCUCGGGGGGGGCUGGCAGCUGAGGGGGUAGCAUCUCUACUUGGGUGCUGCCUUCCAUGCAAGUUUCUAGUGAGCUCUGAUUCUCAGAAGGGGGUGAUUCUAAUUCUGACAAAGCUAUACGACUACAACCUGGGAAGCAUCACAGAGAGCUCUCUUUGGAGGUCAACAGAUUAUGGGACAACGUAUGAGAAAUUGAAUGAUAAAGUUGGCCUGAAGACGAUUUUGAGCUACUUAUAUGUUUCUCCAACAAACAAACGAAAGAUUAUGCUGUUGACUGAUCCAGAGAUUGAGAGCAGCUUACUGAUUAGUACUGAUGAAGGUGCCACAUAUCAAAAAUACCGUCUGAACUUCUAUAUUCACAGUCUGCUCUUCCACCCAAAGCAGGAAGACUGGAUCUUAGCAUAUAGUCAAGAUCAAAAGUUAUUCAGCUCAGUGGAGUUUGGCAGAAGAUGGCUGCUUCUUCAUGAAGGAGUUGCACCAAACAGGUUCUACUGGUCUAUGAUGGUGUCUGGUAGAGAGCCAGAUCUUGUGCACCUGGAAGCAAAGACAGUGGAUGGUCAUGCCCAGUACAUCACCUGUAAGAUGCAGAACUGCAGUGAAGCCUCACAAAACAAACCUUUUCCAGGCUACAUUGACCAUAACUCCCUGAUUGUCCAGGAUGACUAUGUCUUUGUUCAGGUGACAUCAGGUGGAAGACCACAUUAUUAUGUUUCUUAUAGGAGGAAUGCAUUUACACCAAUAAAGCUGCCAAAGUACUCCUUGCCCAAGGACAUGCAUGUUAUCAGCACAGAUGAGAGUCAGGUGUUCGCAGCUGUUCAAGAGUGGAACCAGAACGACACAUACAAUCUGUAUAUCUCUGACACCCGAGGGGUGUAUUUCACCCUGGCAUUGGAAAACGUCAAGAGUAGUCAAGGGCUGGAUGGGAAUGUGAUGAUUGACCUCUAUGAGGUAGCAGGGAUAAAGGGAAUGUUCUUGGCUAACAAGAAGAUUGACAACCAAGUGAAAACUUUCAUCACCUACAAUAAAGGGAGAGACUGGAAUUUGUUGCAGGCUCCGGACACUGAUCUGAAAGGAAACCCUGUUCACUGUCUCCUGCCCUAUUGCUCCCUUCAUCUUCACCUGAAGGUCUCAGAGAAUCCCUAUACCUCAGGAAACAUUGCCAGCAGAGACACUGCCCCCAGCAUUAUUGUAGCAUCAGGUAAUAUAGGCCCUGAACUAUCAGACAGUGACAUCAGUAUGUUUGUUUCUUCUGAUGCUGGAAACACAUGGAGACAGAUCUUUGAGGAAGAGCACAGCGUUCUGUAUCUGGAUCAAGGAGGAGUACUGGUUGCCAUAAAACACACAUCUCUGCCUAUCAGACAUCUCUGGUUGAGUUUUGAUGAAGGGAAAUCCUGGAGCAAGUACAGUUUCACAUCACUCCCACUGUUUGUAGAUGGAAUUUUAGGGGAACCUGGAGAGGAAACUCUCAUCAUGACAGUGUUUGGACAUUUCAGCCACCGCUCAGAGUGGCAGCUGGUGAAAAUUGAUUACAAGUCCAUUUUUGAUCGGAGAUGUGCAGAAGAGGACUACUGGACUUGGCAACUCCACAGUCAGGGAGAAGCUUGCAUCAUGGGAGCAAAAAGGAUCUACAGGAAGCGCAAGUCAGAGAAGAAAUGCAUGCAAGGAAAAUAUGCUGGGGGUAUGACCUCAGAGCCAUGUGUAUGCACGGAUGCAGACUUUGACUGUGAUUAUGGAUAUGAGCGUCACAGCAACGGGCAGUGCUUACCAGCAUUUUGGUAUAAUCCAUCUUCCUUGUCAAAAGACUGCAGCCUUGGACAGAGUUAUCUCAACAGUACUGGGUACCGAAAAGUUGUUUCUAAUAACUGCACGGAUGGUGUGAGAGAGCAGUACACAGCAAAACCACAGCAGUGUCCUGGCAAAGCUCCCCAGGGACUUCGCAUUAUAACCUCUGAUGGCAAACUGACAGCUGAGCAAGGACACAAUGUCACUUUUCUGGUGCAACUGGAAGAGGGAGACCUCCAAAGAUCCCUCAUUCAAGUGGAUUUUGGCGACGGCACCGCUGUUUCAUAUGCCAAUCUCAGCUCAACAGAAGAUGGGAUCAAACACACCUACCAGAACGUGGGCAUAUUCCGAGUCACCGUGCUGGUGGAAAACAGCCUGGGAUCUGACAAUGCUGUCCUCUACCUGCACGUAACAUGUCCCUUGGAACAUGUUCAUUUAUCUCUUCCAUUUGUUACCACGAAGAACAAGGAGGUCAAUGCCACGGCAGUACUGUGGCCAAGUCAAGUGGGAACACUUACUUACAUCUGGUGGUUUGGGAACAACACAGAGCCACUGAUCACUUUGGAAGGGAGCAUCACGUUUACAUUUUCUGUGGAAGGGAUGAAUACCAUCACUGUUCAGGUCUCAGCAGGAAACACCAUUCUUCAGGACACAAAGACCAUCGCUGUGUAUGAGCAAUUUCGGUCCUUGCGGUUAUCCUUUUCCCCAAAUCUGGAUGACUACAAUCCAGAUAUCCCAGAGUGGAGAAGGGACAUCAGCCGAGUAGUCAAGAGAGCUCUGGUGGAGGCAACAGGUAUUUCAAGCAAGCAUAUUCUGGUCGCAGUGCUCCCUGGCCUGCCCACAUCUGCUGAACUCUUCAUUUUACCAUAUCAAGAUGCCACAGGGGAAAAUAAAAGAACAGCAGAAGACCUAGAGCAGAUUUCAGAAAUACUGAUCCAGAAACUGAACCAAAACUUCGUCCAUUUUGAGUUGAAGCCAGGGGUUCGAGUCCUUGUCCAUGCUGCCCAUUUAACAGCAGCUCCCCUGGUGGACCUCACUCCCAGUCACAGUGGUUCAGCAAUGUUGAUGCUCCUCUCUGUUGUUUUCGUGGGACUAGCCGUGUUUGUAAUCUACAAAUUCAAAAGGAAGAUUCCUGGCCUUAAUAUAUAUGCACAGAUGCAGAAUGAAAAAGAUCAAGAGAUGGUCAGUCCAGUCAGUCAGAGGGAAAGCAUACCUAAUGUCCCUCAGAGUGAGCUGAUGAGCCCUGAACAACUAGUAGAUGAGAAGUUGGAUGUCCAGCCCAUAGGAAGUAUUUCCACAGCUGCUGAGCCCCAGAGCACAAAAGAAAUCCCUACCUAUGUAAAUGGUUGAAUUGAGGACACCGAUAUAUAUCAAUAUUGGAGAAAAAAAGAGAACUCAUUGCAUUUGGACUUUUUAAUUCUUCAGAUGACAAAGGGUUUUUAGCUUUAAGCCUGUGCAUGUGGACAUUAUACUGAGACCAUAGCAGAACUGCAUUGUACAGGUGUUCAAUUUUAGUGGGGGGUGGGGGGAGGAACUGAUAUCACUAUUCACCCCUGCAGCCCUUCCCGUCACUCCUUCACUCUCUUUUCUUCUGAUCUGUCUCUAAUUUGUAGAAAAUUCAUAAUGAUAUAGGCCAAGAAUAUGCAUGGGGGUCUCUUCUUUAGGGAGAUGGGUGGGCUGGGAUGUGGGGGGAGAAGGGCUGGGGAGGUGGGAGGGAGCAUUUAGGGUUCUUGGCUUUAGAUUUAACUGCUCUUUUAGCACUUUGGGCUGCGGGAGGGCUAGCCGCCCCAGCAGACUUUCAUAGGACACAAAAGAAAUCACACUGGAGUUUAAAGGCACUGAAAAUCUUCUUGGGUCAGUCUGGUUUAUGUCUUAAUUUGGACUCUGCCCUUCAUUCCUCUAGCUGCAGCUGCUGCCUGCACCCCACAGUUGCACAGAAACUGAGUAUGAGCUUGGGCAAUCCCAACUGCAAAGCCAAGCUCCUCAUUAAACAGCUUUUUAAUCUACUCACACCAAGGCACCCCUUUCCGAGCACUGUUUGGAAAUAAAUUUCUGCCUCCUAACCUUGGACUGAACAGAACUAGGAUACAUUGCAGGCAGGGAGGUCUGUAUUGCCAGCAUGAACUUACACUGCAUUUUGUACCAGUCUUACACCUUAAAUUGUGACUAAGAAAAAGCCUAGUAACACCCUCAACUGCUUUUAUUGUUGAUCUUGGAAGUUGUCUGGGGAAGUCCACGAGAUCUCUACCUUCUGGGACUUGCCCCAAGGCCUGCCAUUUGUCUGAAAGACACUUUGUCCAUAUAAUAGGGAGCAGUCUGUAUGCAGUUUCCCAUGACUUUUGGAAAACCCAUUUGUUUUCUGCAAACUACUGUCAUUUGAGGUGGAGGAGGGGAGAUGGAUUUAGCUUGAGCAUGUUCCCAUACAUUUUGAGCCCUGGCACCGCAGGACAGUUGUUGUACAAGUUCUUACUGCUAAUGUAAGCGGUGUCUUACAUUGCAACUGGAAAUGUGACUUCAGGACACACGCAUGUAGGCUACACAAAAGAACAGGGAAAGCAGACUUAGCACGCCUCAAACAAGUCCUUUCAGAGCACCAGGUAUCUGGCUGAAGCCUAUCCCAUAGUCAUCACAAUUGCUGAUUUACAACACCACUCAGGUAAAUUCAGAAAUAAGAUUUUGGCUUGAAGCGCAAAGAAAGAAAUACAGUAGCCAAUAUACAUUUAUUAGCUAUGCUAGGUGAAAGCCAGUAGCAGCUGGUUCAUAAUUGGUGUAGCAUGAUUAGGAUGCAUCCUGAUUCCUGAUAUGAAUGUGUUUUGUUCAGUAGAUGUUGGACGAGGCAACCUUUGUUAAAUAUGGGGCAAAGGGACAUUCUUGGCAUUGCCUGGGGUCCUGGAGCUGGGGAGGAGGGAUGAUUUUGAAUUUUUCUGUCACAAACUGGACAUCAACACCACCCAACCUACUAGCUGGCAAAUAAAUAAAUAAAUAAAAAGUUAUACCAAAUGUAAGAGCACCCAUCAGACCCACAGUAGGCAAAGAAUGAUCACAGAAUGAAGUCCUCUGCCACUUUCUGUAGUCUCUCUGCAGACAGCUAAAGACACAGCAGUUUGUAUGGCUUUGCUAUUGUGUUUGCAACUACAGCUUUAAGAAAGAGGGGAAAGUUUUGGUAGCAACUGUAUAAUACUCCCCAGUGAAGUCCAACAUUAGCCAACUUAUUUUUAUAGUAAGCCAAUCAAAAAGUUUUCUUAUAGUGUUGGAACUAUUUCUAAUUUUAAAAUUACUUUUUUUCGAUGUAUUUUUUCAUCUUCUUUUCCCCUUUCGUUAAAUACAAUGUAGCGUAAUGUAUAAUUGCUAUUGUUUAUUGCUUUUACAGUCAUA